GCUACACGACCGUUAAAACAUGUGAACAACGGGAACAAAGCGUCAUUUGUAAAUCAAAACGAUCCGAAUGUUUUUAAUUCUCCAGCAAAGUUUUUUUAUUUUUAUUUUAAACUCUGUCUUGCAAUAAUCAUCAGUGAUUCAGUUGUGAAAAAAAAAAUCAUCACGAUGGAUUCUGAGGGUGAUUCAAUCGUCGUUUAUGAUUCUGAUGAGGAAAAAGCAAAUGUUUCAAAGAAUUAUCCUUGGUCUGACAAAACUAAAAAUCACAGUAACAAUUUGAUUCAAGAGACCGACGAUGAGAGCGAAACUAGUAGCAGUUAUGUUGGAUCAUUUAAAGACGGAAAUAUCAGUCAAAAAUAUGACAAUGGUAGAAGGUCUUGUACUGAAAAGCAUGAUGAAUCGAAGUGGAACCAUAAUGACACAAUAAAUGGCUCGAUAAAAAGUCAAUUGGCCGAUAGUAAAAAGGAUCACAGUAUUCAAGAUUUUGAUGAAACAUAUGAUAGUGAAAAAGAGAACAGUUUCGGUGUAAGACAAAAAAGCAGCGAUUCAAUCAAUGAACAUGGUAACAAGAUAAAAAACAGAUCAAUAGAGUUUACAGUAACCGAUAAAAAUUCUGUAUCAUUACAAAAAUCUUAUAAUGACAGUCACUCAAGUAAUGAAAAUUCAGGAAAAUAUCGUGACGUCAUGGGUAAACACAAAAUUAUGUCAGAUUCUGAGGAUAAUUUUUCAGAAAAUGAUGAAGUAAUGGUUGAGUCUAAUCACAGUGAUUUCGAAGAAAGUUUUAUUGGAAUUCAGAAAAAAUCUGUCAAUAGAAAGAUGAAUAGAAUUCUCUCAGAUUCAGAGGAAGAUGAAAUUUUGGAUGGUGAAAAUAAGGAUCCAGGAAGGUUGACCCCAAUUAUUAAGAAAGCGAUCCGACGAAGUAUUUUCAAUAUAAGUCGAGUAUCUACAUCAGAACCUGAAGAAGAUGAUGAACAAGAAACUGAUGAUGAUGAAAAUGAAAGCGGAAUUCAUCGUUCAGAUGAAAUGGUUCAUUCGUUCAGAGAUGAAGAAAGUAGUGAAAAUGAAAAUGGAAUUAAUCGUUCUGAAAAAAUGGUUCAGCCAGAUUCAGAUGACGUGAGUGACAACAAUAAGUAUAAAAACAAAAAGAAAAGAAGUAGUAUUAUAAUGAGUGAUGAUGGUGAAGAUAAUUUUGAUGAUCGAGGUAAUCAAAAUGCAAAACAAGGAAAUAGUAGUGAUUCCAAUAAAAUAUUAUAUGAAAGUCUUUGUUCAAAUAACGACUUAGAAAAAUCUACUAAUAAUUUAAAAAAAGAUCAAAACAGUAGCUUGUCUAGUGUAGAAAUUACUGAUGAAAGAAAAAGUACAAGGUCUGAUCUCAAUCGCUCUGCAAAUUUAUCAAGAGGAAGAGAUAGUAACAAUUACAGUAUUCAUGAAGAUCAUAGUGUACAUCAAGAACGUACAUCAAAUAAUAUUAUCGAUAUUGAUUCUGCUACGAGUACCGAAGAUGAACGUGAAACUCAGUCGAAAAAGAAUUUAUCCGAGUUGAAUGUAAAUGAGUUAAAAAAGCUAAUUCAAGAUCUCAGAUACGAGGCUGAGCGAGCAAAGAUUUUCUUGAAGGAAGGUGAUGUGAAGCUUCUUCCCGACGGUGGAGAGAGUUUAAAGUUGUUAAUUAUUAAAAAUUCUAAACAAAUAAAACAAUAUCAAGAACAACUCAAUGAAAUUCAACCACCGGAAAAAAGUGAUUCCAGUGUCAUAUCACUUGAUCAGAGUUCUGACGCUUCCUUUCAUCAUAAUAAAACUAUUAAUGAUUCCGACUACGAACCUAAUGAUAGUUACAUAUCACCUAAAAAAAUAAGUCAAAAGUUUAAUCGAACGCAAAUGAUGAAACCGACUGCAGAAACCAACUUAGAAGGUUUAGGAAAGAAAGCUCUUGAAACAUUUAGAAAUGAACAAGCAUUAACAGUCGAACGUCUAGAGCAUUUCCAUGGAUCUCUUCUAUCCCGACCUACAGAAAAUGAGCGCGCUGAAGAUCCUAGAGGACUUGUAGUCUCUCUUAUGCCUCAUCAACAACACGCCUUGGCUUGGUUAAUGUGGCGUGAACAACAAAAGCCACGUGGGGGUGUUCUCGCCGAUGAUAUGGGUCUUGGUAAGACACUUACUAUGAUAUCAUUAGUGAUAAAAACUUUAUCAGAAGAUUCAAGUGACGACGAGCGCGAUGAUGAUGAUGGAUGGAUGGGCAAAGGCAGACAAAAUGAGCAUCGAGGAGGAACCCUGGUUGUGUGUCCUGCUUCUCUAAUUAACCAAUGGAAAAGUGAAGUUGACCAUCGUUGUAAACGCGGAGUUCUCGCUGUUGAAGUUUACCAUGGUAACAAUCGUGAAAAAGUAGCUCGGCGCCUCGCUCGUAACGAUAUGGUCAUCACAACGUAUAAUUUAGUGUCACGUGAAUCUAAGAAUAAUGGACAAAUAUUUAAAAUCCGAUGGAAUCGUGUUAUUCUAGAUGAAGCUCACUGCAUUCGCAAUCACAAAAGCCAGUCUUGCAACGCUGUUUGUCAACUUAAGGCUACCAAACGCUGGGCGCUCACAGGUACGCCUAUUCAUAACAAAGAAAUGGACAUAUAUGCCAUUCUUAAAUUCUUGCAAUGCUCGCCUUUCGACGAUUUACGUGUAUGGAAGCGUUGGGUAGAAAAUAAAAGUAUUACUGGCGUCGAAAGACUCGCUACGGUGAUGAAAACAUUGAUGCUUCGUCGAACAAAACAAGAAUUAAUUGCAAAAGGCGAGGUUGAAACUCUACCUGAAAAACACCUUGAUAUUAUUAAAGUCACGCUAGAUAAAGAUGAACGCUUGGUGUACGAUAAAGUUAUGAUGCAUUCUAAAACAAUAUUCGCUCAAUUUUUGCAUCAACGAGCUGAAAAAGAAACUCUUCAAGGAAUGGGAGCUAAUCCUUUAGCUGUAGAUUAUCGCAAUACAAAAUUCAGUAAAGCACAACAACAACUACUAGCUCACCAUGCAAAUGACGUAAAGUCGCAUCAAAUUUUAGUUUUGCUUCUCAGACUUCGUCAGAUUUGUUGUCAGCCCGCAUUGAUUCACGAAAUGCUUGAUCAAGAAGAGAUGGAAAUAAACGGAUUGGAAAAUGAUGGACUUACUGCUAAAAUGAUGAAAAUGAAUAUUUCGAUUAGUACUUCAGAACACGGCGACGACGACGAUGAUGAAGAAGAAGAAAUCGGAGUGGAUCAGCGUAUCACUGAAAAUUUGUUGACUUCUGACAACCCAGUAUUUGAUGUGUCUCGAAAGAGCUCCAAGUUACAAGUCAUUAUUGAUAUUGUUCGCGACAUAUUAGAGAAAAAUGAAAAAAUGAUUAUUGUAUCACAGUGGACAUCAUAUCUCAAUAUUAUUGGCGACUGUUUACGUAAAAUACCAGGUGCUACUUUUGAAAAGUUUACCGGACAAGUUGCUGUCAAAAAUCGUCAAGCGAUUGUCGAUUCUUUCAAUUUGAAGAAAAAACCUCAAAUUUUACUGUUGUCACUUUCCGCGGGCGGUGUUGGGUUGAAUCUCGUUGGAGGGAAUCACUUGAUUCUCGUCGACAUACACUGGAAUCCUCAAUUAGAGUCUCAAGCUCAAGACCGUAUUUAUAGAUUUGGCCAGAAGAAAAAUGUUCAUAUUUAUAAAAUUCUUUGCUCCGAUACCAUUGAAGAGAGAAUACAAUUGUUGCAAGAGAAAAAAAUGGCUAUCGCUGCUUCGGUGAUUGAUGGUACUGGAAAAGUUUCCUCGAAACUUUCUCUUCAAGAUUUGAAGUCGCUUUUCGAUAUGUAAAUAUUUUAUCUAUAUUUUAAACGACAAAAAAUCUAUUAAAAAUUCUAUUAUAUUAGUCGAUAGUUUGGUAUUUUUAAUUAAGUAAAUAUCCAAAUACUGUAAUUUUUAUUUUAGUUUACGUAAAAAAAACGAUGUUAUAAAUAGAUGUUUAUUAUCUCAAUAAUUAUUAAAUUACAAUUAAGCUUAUAAUAAAAUAAACUAUUUUUAUACAUCUAGCUCGGCUUUACUCGAUGUAUACUAUUCCAAACACCAUAUGAGAAGUAUAUCAUUAAACCUGAUUUAAAAUAAAUAAGUUUUCAUUAAAUAAAGUGGUGACAGUUAAUUAUUAUUAUUAUUAUAAUUAGUUUUUUAUACAAACCAAUAAUCAUCCAAAUUGAAAAUCUAACCCACGUCAUAAUAUCUAACAUCAUCAUCAAGUGUACAUUGACAAGUAUACUGAAAGCAGGUAAAAAUGGAACGAGAGGAACCUAAAAAAUGUAUUUUUUUUUUUUUAAAUUUGAUAAUAUAUUUUCAAAACAUUGAACUUACUGAGAAUGUUAAUUUUCUUCCUGAUACUGGUUGAUAGUAAAUAAAUGUAAGAGUAGCGAUGAGAAGAAAUAUUAAAAUAACGAGUAACGAAAUAAUCCAAACCUGUCCUUCGGAUAUUUCUUCAAUAAAGAAUUUAAUAAUACUCGUAACACCAAAGCAAAGAAUAA